AUGAACAUUAAUGAAAUUGCAAAACAACAAAUUAGCAUGCAUCAACAACGUAUAACAAAUCUUGAAAAUUACAACAAAAAGUUAUAUAAUGAUUGCGUUGAUCUUUACGCAUAUAACCAAUUGUUAAUCUCUGAAAACAAUUUCGCAAAAAAUGAUAUUGCUGCCUAUCAGGAAAAAACAGAAAAUCUGGAAAGCAAUUUCAAUAAGUAUCUUCAGGUUAGACAAGAAAUAAUUGAAAAAUACUGUUGUAGCACCAAAGUCAUUGCCCUCGAAAAUAAUAAACUUAGGGAACAAAUAAACAGCCAAGACAAAUACUGUGCUUCACUAUUAAAAAAAUGUAAUGAAAGAAUACCAUCUUCAAUUUCUGGUUCUUUAUUUUCGCCUUCAUCAUGGAUUUCACUAAGAUGGUUUAGAAGCUCUGUUGAAAAUUUUGGAACAGGCUUCAUAACUUUUGAAAACUCUUGUGAAUCUGAGGAAGUGAAGAGAUCUAAAGCAAUCAUAAUUUAA